CCCGCGAGCUAGCUACACGGCUUUUCCGAUAGUGUAGCUGUCGUGUUAAAUAUAAACAUUACUAUUACUUAACAAAACACUCGAAGCUUGGGAUCUAAGGAUGUAAACGAGCCAGACAUAACGAACGGAAUCAUUGACAUUGAUGUAAUUUAAACACAUAACUAAUUUAAACACGCACAGACAAUAAACGAAGCCAAAUUAUUAAGAAUUAAUCUGAACUCGUUAUAUUUGAGUGAAAUUUGAUUGCUAAACAUUUUGAAAUUUAUUAUAAACAUAAAAAUGAGUUUUGAUUCGACCUCAUCUAAAAAGUUUAACUUGGAGAAGGCAACGAAUUUUAUGCGUCAGUUUCGGGAUCCUGACUCCAGGGAAUUAAAGAAAUUGUCUGCCAACCAGUUCAUGGAGAUCUGGAGUCAUUAUGACAAAGACGGCAACGGCUACAUCGAAGGGACGGAACUGGACGGGUUCUUGAGAGAGUUCGUCUCUAGCGCUAAUUUUACUGACAUCAAUCCUGAGGCGGUUUCUGAUUCGAUGCUGGUUGAACUUAAAGCCUGUUUUAUGGAAGCCUACGACGAUAACCAAGAUGGCAAAAUCGAUAUUCGGGAGUUGGCCCAACUUCUUCCAAUGGAGGAAAACUUUCUUCUUCUGUUUAGGUUCGACAACCCUCUCGAAUCGAGCGUCGAGUUUAUGAAGAUUUGGCGAGAAUACGACACUGAUGGAAGUGGAUACAUUGAAGCCGACGAGCUGAAGAAUUUCUUACGGGAUCUCUUGAAAGAAGCGAAAAAAAUAAACGACGUAUCUGAAGAUAAAUUAAUCGAGUACACUGAUACAAUGCUCCAAGUUUUUGACUCUAACAAAGACGGUAGACUACAGCUUUCCGAAAUGGCGAAGCUUCUACCAGUGAAAGAAAAUUUUCUCUGCAGACAAGUGUUCAAGGAAGGCAUCGAGGGUGCCACUAAGCUUACUAAGGACGACAUCGAAAGAGUGUUUUCACUUUAUGACAGAGACAAUAACGGAUCUAUAGAAAAUGAAGAGUUAAAAGGAUUUCUCAAAGACCUCUUAGAAUUAGUAAAAAAGGACUACGACGCCCAAGACCUGCUAGAAUUCGAAGAGACCAUUCUCCAAGGACUGGAAUACAGCAGUGAAGGGAAAAUAAGUAGAAAACAAUUAACAAUGAUACUUUUGGCUCUGGCGAAGCAUAAUCAAGAAGAAGAGCCGGCUACUCCAUAAUUGAAUACUAAUAUCGUUGCCAGUCCGUCCCACAGUCAAUUCACUUGGCCUUUUCAUAGCCUAGA